AUGACAUUUAAAACCACCAAAACAAUUCCCGAAAAAAGAACUACGCAGAAUGUUGAUAAUAUGACGUUAGAAAAAUUUAUUAUCAGAAGACGCCGAAUACAGCUACAGGAACUGUUAGAAGAUAAUAUAAAUGCUAAACCAAAUUUUGGGGACAAAGAAGAUGAAAUAACAAUACAAACGAGGAGAUUCAAUGCAAUUGUUAACUCAACUCGUGAAGAACCCGAAGCGCUGAGAGAACUGUAUUUUGACGACGUGGAAAAACGUGUAUCAAUUCGCGAAAAGAAAAAAACAAUCGCUUUGAUGGAGCAGUUUGUUUAUGAAACUCAUUACAUGCUACCAUUCAUGCAAGUAAUUAGAAAUAAGUAUAAACAUCAUCCGAAGUAUCAACUGGGAUACUGUUUCUCUUUACUACGAACUUUGAAGGCGCAACAGAUGAAACUUUGGACCAAUUUAAAGACAUAUCAGGAUAUAUACCUGGAAUUUUACACCUUUUUAAAAAUAUACGAGAAAGUAGUUAGACUGGAUAUAGACAUAAAAGAUAUUUUAAGAAUUAUGUACAAAUUAGAUGUCAGCCUAAAGAAAAAGAAAAGGAAACGUAAAUAUAGACCUGAGGAAAAUGGACGUUAA